UUAAGCUCUAUGUUAUCUUACGUCGGCACCAAAUAAUUUUCUUAUUCGGCCUACACAGUGGUGGAUCUAUAAAGGCAUAGUUUGUUAUACAUUCGCUAAACGUUUUGAGUGAUUUUGUAACUGAUAAACAUGUUAUUUGUGGUGGUUUUAGGCCUAUUUUUCUUAAGCGCUUCUAUAACCAAGGCUAAACAAGUGCCAAGAUGCCCUGAAAUUAUGACAGCAAACGGAGAAGUGACCUACAUUGGAGACAGAGAGAGAUACUCUUAUGCAAAUAUUACUUGCAAUGAAGGCUACAGUGUAGGAAAAGAUGGGCUGAAAACUGUUCUAUGUCUUCAAAGUCUUCAAUGGGAAAGCACUUUGAAUUGUUACAAAAGGUGUUUUCAGAAAGAUUUAAGACUAUCGAGCAGGAUGAUCAUUCAUCAAAAGAGAAAAUAUGUGGAGCAUGGUCAGUCUGUCCAUUUAUCAUGCAAGGAUGGCUAUGAACACAGUCUGGCAAGCGACCCAGAUUUUGUGUGCAGCUCUGGUAAACUCAAAGGGACAAAACCACAUUGUAUUCCAAAACCUUGUGAUACUCCUACAAUACAAAAUGGUAUAUUGCGCAGUGGAUAUUUGAACAGGAAUAUUUAUUCUAGAGCAACCAUUAUGAGCGGACGAAUGAGAGUUGUGAGUUUCCAGACGAUUCAUACGCCUCAUAUUAUGUUAAUGGAGAAAAAUAUACCGCAAACACAAUCUCUCAUGAAGAAAAGGUCCGUGUCGAAUGUGAAUAUGGUACUAGUAUUACAGUGUCCUCAGAUGUAAGAACAUGCUGGAAUGGUGCCUGGAAACCAGGAGAGGAAUUCCCAGUUUGUGCACCAGCUCUUUGUGACGGUGGAUGUCAAAACGGUGGGACAUGUACCUCCCCAAACAGGUGCAACUGUCCGAAAGGAUUCUCUGUUAGUCAUUGCGAAACAGGCAAGUCCUCAUGCAAAUGUUCAAAUAAAUACAGUUAACGACCUAAACAGGUGCACAUGUCCAGAUGGAUUUUCGGACAGUCAUUGCGAAACA